AUGGCCUUAACACUACCUCCACCUGCCCCCCAUCCUGACGCAGACCGAUGGCCUUCACGUGCUUUAAGCUCCGCCCACGAGUUCAAGUCUCGAGCUAGGACUUCAGAGCAACUUCCUGGUUCUAUUUUGCACCAGCCAAUCAGCUUCAAAGCCCUCCCAAACAACAACAUCUGGGAAAGCAAUCAUGGGAAGAUGAAAAACUCGAAAAAUGCAGGAGAUGACAAAAGCAUAUUUAAAAACCACAUGUCCAAAAAUAGGGAGAAGAAUAAAAAGGAGACAGGAGGCAGUGCCAGGCAGCAAACCAGUGAUGCCAAUCCACAAAUAUCACAGUUUACUGGGAACAGCAAAAAGCUGAAACCUAGAAUUAAGCCAGGCAACCAAAGUAAAGAGUCAUAUAUACAAGUGGAAGGGGGAAAAUCUGGAGCAGGUCAUGUCCUUUCUAUGAGGGAUGGUGAUAUAAAAACAAUACUUGAAAAGGCUGAUAGUGCAACGCAAGCAAAAAAUAAGGCAACGCUAAAGGACUAUGGAAAAUCAGAUUUCAAAAGGCACAAUACAGUGUUGAAAGAUACUGUGUUAGUGGUGCGUUCAAAGACUACGGAAAAAAUAGGUCAAGAUAGUUUUAAAUGUCCAAGUUUUAAACCAGAGAAGAUUCCUGGUGGGGAUGAUAGCAGUAUAAGAGUGAGAGACAGGAAGGACGUACCCUGGUUGAGUGAAGAUGACAUCCAGAAGAUGAAGCUGCUUGCUGGAGGAGAGCCAGUGACCAAGGCCAGGGUCCCAGCACACGGACAGGUCCUGCAGGUGGCUCUGGAGAUGCCUGACCACAAACAGACAAAGGGUAAUGGGAUGCCUGAGUUGUCCCCCACCCUGAUCCAUACCGAUCGCUGUCACAGGGGGCAGUGUUCUCUGGUCAAACGCACAGAAGACUGGUUUGAAGUCUUUGCCUUCCACUUGGACCGGGUUUUGGGACUAAACCGAAGCCUCCCUGCUGUCCUGAGGUCAUUCCACAGUGAGAUUCUGCCCUAUAGAUACAUCAGAGGGGGGCCCAGACCAGCAGUGUGGUGGGACCCAGACAUACAACACUUAGAGGACAGUAACAAUGACCAAAACUCUGUCCCGUUGAGUUACAAUCAGUAUCAGAAGAUGUUAAAGGCUCGAUGUGGAAUAAAGAUGGACCUACAUGAAGUGCCGUGUGUUGGGGUGAAUCACUCAGAGUGGAGCAGGCUGGCACUGUUUGACUUUUUACUGCAGGUGAAUGACCGCUUGGACAGAUACUGCUGUGGUUUUAAGCCUGAUCCCUCAGACCUGUGUGUGGAGAACAGGCUUCACUCCAGAUGUGGGAACACCAGAGAUCUGCAGCUGGUUCACAUCCUGGUGAGGAAAGCUGAGCCAUCCAGACUGGUUUUUAUAGACAAUGCUGGUCGGCCACUACAGCCUGUGGACAACCUCAACUUCAGACUGCUCCAGGGCAUUGACCAAUUUCCGGAGCGGGCUGUAUCCGUGCUGCAGUCGGGCUGUCUGGAGUCUCUUCUUCUGCGCUCCCUUUACACCGACAAGGAAUUCUGGGAUAGCCACGGAGGAGCCGGAGGUCUGAGAGCUCUGAUCCAGGCUGUGGAGCAGAGAGGGCAGAUACUAUUACAAUACAUUAGGGACAAGCACCUGCCCCUGUGGACAGACCUGUGA